CACAGCGCCGCCUGCACUGUGUUCAACGUUACACGCGGAGCUGCCGUUUCCUCAACAAAAAAACAGAAUACAAAGUGUGAAUAUCAGCCACCCUCCGGCCCGGUGGCUCAGCGGGGAGUGUGUGUGUGUGUGUGGAGUGUGUGUCCGCAUCAUGUCGAGCAUCCAGCUGCUCAGAGUCCUCGUCAACGAGCGGCUCUCUGCGGCCGCGGAGGAGAUCUUCGAGGCGGUGAAGAAGACCAUCACGGGCUACGAGGAGGAGAUCCGGCGGCAGAGCGCGAUGCUGCACAAGGUCUCCAAAGCUGCAGAGAAGUCAGAUAAACACUCAGAUCAAUCACAGCUCGCUCUCUCCGUCUGGGACGAUGAGUCUAGUCCCACUAUGGACCAUGACGACGACCCAGAGGAGCGGCCGCAUGCUGGAAAUCGGCUGGAAGACCCUCCGAGCGGCCUGGAGGUGGACCUGCAGGGGAACCCCACAAUCAAGUUCAUCUUCACCUCUCCAUACGUUAAGAACGAGCCUGACCCGCUUCAUGAGGAUUAUCAGAGCGCUGAAGGGGACGGAGAUCCUCUGCCGGGAACGUCAGCCGAACAGGACGAGGAAGAGGACGGGGAAGGGGCGGCUUCCUCCAACUCUUCUGUCACCGACAACAGCGACGAAGAGUGGAGGGGCAGUGCGAUAUCUCAGAGCGAUGACAGCGAGAGUGAAAACACCCUAGAUCAUAGAAAGGCGCCUCGUCUACCGAUGGCCCCGAAGCUGCACUCGACUAAAAAAUACAAAAAAAGGAAUUGUUGUAAAGUCUGCGGGAAAGCCUUCCACUCCGUCUUCCCGCUGGUGAAUCACAUGGAGGUGCACCCGAAGGACGUCUGCGGCGUGUGCGGGCAACGUUUUGAGACCGAGGAGAAGUUUCAAGACCACCUGAAGACGCACGUGAAGGCCGAGGUCUGCAAGGUGUGCGGCAAAUGCUUCGGCGCCUCCAGCUCUCUGGAGACGCACAUGAGGAUCCACACGGGGGAGAAACCGUUCGACUGCAACGAGUGCGGGAAGUCCUUCAACUGUCAGCACAACAUGAAGCGUCACAUGCGGAUACACACGGGGGAAAGGCCGUACCCUUGCAACAUCUGCGGCAAAUCCUUCAACGACUACUCCACCAUGAAGCGCCACCUGCUGGCUCACGCUCACAGGAAGGAGGGGGGCCUGACGUCCGCGAACGAGAAUGAAAACGGCGGCGAGAAGAAAUUAGCGUCGGCGAAGAAGCCGCCGACUCCGAGCGUGUGCACACUGUGCGGGAAAAUGUUCCACUCCCUGGUGUCUCUGGUGAAUCACGCUAAAGGUCACUCCACGGACCGCUGCGUCGUCUGCGGAGCAAAGUUCGACUCCGACGACGACCUCAAGAACCACCUGAAGACGCACAAAAACGGGAAGGUGUGCGAGGUGUGCGGGAAAUGCUUCGAGUGUCAGACGAGCCUGGAGACGCACAUGAGGAUCCACACGGGCGAGAAGCCGUUCCUCUGCAGCGAGUGCGGCAAGUCCUUCAACUGCCGGCACAACAUGAUGCGCCACACGCGGACGCACACGGGGGAGAAGCCGUUCCUCUGCAACGUCUGCGGCCGCUGCUUCAGCGACCACUCCACCCUGAAGCACCACAGCAGCACGCACACGGGGGAGAAACCACACCGCUGCGAGAUCUGCGGGAAGGGUUUCCACCGCAAGACGUACGUGAGGCUUCACAUGAAGAGCCACUCGACGAAAAAGUGACCGAGCAGUAAAACGCGUCAGAACAUUUCUCAUCAUGACUCUUUUAUCUUCUUUUUUUAAAGAGAUAUUUUUUGAGCUUUUUGCAUUUAUUUAGACAGGACUGGAUAUUUCAGGAAAUCAUGAGAGUGGGGAAUGACAUGCGGGAAACGGAGCCGCAGGUUGAAGUUGAAUCUGAGCUGGCUACUUGGAGGACUAAAGCCUCCAAACAUGAGGCUGGACCGAACGGCUAGGCAGACCCGCCCAUGAGGAUACCUGAGCCCUCCCCAGAUAUCACUUCAUCUGGAUUAGUAGGGUUAGCACUAGCUCCCUGGCUAACAUUAGCCUCCUGGCAAUCAAGUUAGUUUCAUAAAAAAACUUUAAAAAAACGCUCAUACUAUUUAAAGAAGAGAGGAAAGAAACUGGCAACAAAGAAAAACUUAUUUUUGUACGUUUAGUGGUGAGAACUGAGUUCUUAAAUAAAAUGUGGUCAUUGCUUCACAUUUUCACCUUGUUUUUGAUUCAUUCUUUACACCCAAGGCUGGAUAAUAAAUAUGAAUUUAAAUGAAUUAAAACGCUGUAAUGACGUCAUUUGGCCACUAGGGGGCAGCAGAACAGCUGUCAGCCAAAGACUACUAAAGUACCAGUGUGAAAUGAUUCAAUACCAUUAAAUAAAAGUCUUACUUGAUGAAAGGAACAAAAGUAAAAGUAUUCAAAAUGA